CCCGUUCGGCAGCCACAGUUAUCCGGUCUUAAAUUAUUUUCAAAAUUUCAAGUAAUUACUCACCAUGCGUGAAAUUGUUCAUGUACAAGUAGGACAAUGUGGCAAUCAAAUUGGCUGUAAGUUCUGGGAACUCAUUUCGUAUGAACAUGGAAUCGACUCACUCGGAAUUUCUCAUGGCGAUUCCAAAGUUCAACUCGACAGGGUAAAUGUAUACUACUCAGAAGCUAGAGGUGGCAAGUACGUCCCGCGGGCGGUGCUGGUGGACCUGGAGCCGGGCACGGCCGACACGGUGCGCUACAGCCCCUUCGGCCAGCUCUUCCGGCCGGACAACUUCGUGAUCGGGCAGUCGGGCGCGGGCAACAACUGGGCCAAGGGCCACUACACGGAGGGCGGGGAGCUGGCGGACGUGGUGCUGGACGCGAUGCGCAAGGAGGCGGAGAACUGCGACUGCAUCCAGGGCUUCCAGUUGGCGCACUCGCUGGGCGGCGGCACGGGCUCCGGCAUGGGCACGCUGCUGCUCAACCGCAGAAACACCAUAAAUGUACUUUGUCACAUAUUAUGUGUAUUUUCCCAUUCGUUCCAGGUCUCUGAGACAGUAGUUGAACCCUACAACGCAGUGCUGUCCGUCCACCAGCUCGUGGAAAACGUGGACGAGACAUUUUGUAUCGACAACGAGGCCCUGUACGACAUCUGCUUCCGCACGCUGAAGCUGCCCUGCCCGACGUACAGCGACCUCAAUCACCUUGUUUCCUUCACCAUGUCGGGCGUCACGACCUGCCUCCGGUUCCCGGGCCAGCUGAACGCCGACCUGCGCAAGCUGGCCGUCAACACGGUGCCCUUCCCCCGCCUGCACUUCUUCGUGCCGGGCUUCGCGCCGCUCGCCGCCCGCAGCCUGGUGCAGUACAACGCGGAGUCCGUGGGCGAGAUCACCAAGCAGAUCUUCGACCCGAAGAACAUGAUGGCGGCGUGCGACCCGCGCCACGGCCGCUACCUGACGGCCGCCGUCAUCUUCCGAGGCAGCGUCUCCAUGAAGGAAGUGGACGAGCAGAUGCUCAACAUCCAAACGAAGAACAAGGGCCACUUCGUGGACUGGAUCCCGAACAACGUGAAGACGGCCGUGUGCGACAUCCCGCCCCAGGGCAUGAAGCUGUGCGGAACGUUCGUGGGCAACUCGACCGCCAUCGUGGAGGUGCUGAACCGGAUAUCCGCUCAGUUCUCCGCGAUGUACCGUCGGCGCGCGUUCUUGCAUUGGUAUCUCGGAGAGGGCAUGGACGAGAUGGAGUUCAGCGAGGCGGUGAGCAACCUGAGAGACUUGAUUUCAGAGUACUUGCAGUAUCAGGACAUGCAGACGGAUGCGGACGACGAGGAGUUUGAGGGGGAAGAGGAGACGGAGGUGGAAGACUAG